AUGUCACAGAGCAACGAGGCGCCGUCCGCCGCCGUGGAUGGUGGCGGAGUUUACGAGAUCAUCCUGUUCGGCGUGCGAGUCAAGGUCGAUCCAAUGAGGAAGAGCGUGAGCAUGAACAACCUGUCCGAGUACGAGCCUGCUAAUAAAGACGGCAGCCCGAACAACGGCAAGGAGCCGCCGAAGUCUGCGGCUGAGAAAGGUGGCGCGGCGGGUUACGCCUCCGCCGACGACGCCGCGGCCCAGGAGUCCAACGCGAAUCGCGAGCGCGAGCGCAAGCGAGGUGUCCCAUGGACAGAGGAAGAACACAGGCUGUUCUUGAUUGGACUGGAGAGGAUUGGGAGAGGAGAUUGGAGGGGAAUUUCCAGAAACUUCGAAAAAUCGAGUCUUGCUAAAAAGAACGUGAUAAAAACCUCGCCAAACAUCGUCACCCCUGUUUCUGCACCGACUCCCUCGACACUGGUGGAUCUUGACCUAAAUAACGAAGCUGAAGCCGCAGUCGAGGCCUCACCGUUAUCUUUGGGGCUCUCUCUUUCAUCCUGUCAAGAUCAGCCGUGUACAAACGGUUCGGAUUAUGAAAUGAUGUCGAGCUUGAAGAAUGGUGAUAACUAUAUUAGCGUUGCUUAA